UAUAUCCGAUUUGGACUACAUUUUGGUUUAUGUACCAUUUAGGAUGGAUAUGCUACGAUAUUUAUACGAAGUUUGAAGGGGACAAUAAUGGCGAUCCAGUUUAUUUCUCCAAACUGACAAACUGGACAUUUCUACUUCUCCUGCUGUCUAACUUCAUUGAUGUCGUUUCCACAUUGUAUACACAUUGUAGAAGAACUGAUAUCUCCAGCGACAAUCAAGGUGAACCAAUACCAACUCCUUGGUAUUUACAACUAAACUGGUUAUUCUUUGAGAUGCAGAAUACAUCAGCACUUUUAAUUACAAUACUCUUCUACAGCCUUUUAACUCCAAACACCACCCCUCUGAGUAUACAGUAUCAUGCAAUAAACUCAGUGUAUGUGAUCCUGAACUUUUUUGUGUGUGCAAAGCCCGUUCGAAUAUUACAUUUUAUUUAUCCAAGCAUAUACGGAGUAAUGUAUUCAGUGUUUUCGGUAUUGGACCAACUCGGCCUUGGUAACCCUCCUGUGUAUAGCUUUAUUGACUGGACAAAACCUGAAAAUGCUAUUAUUUAUUGUGUUGUAUUGGUAUUUGUAGGAGUACCUAUAAUCCAUGUGACAUUCUUUGGCUUCUACAAGUUACGUACGUUUAUCAAAGAAAAGUGUGAUUGUAGUAAUCGCAUAUCUACCAAACAAAACUACAAUGUCAGUGUAGUAUGUACUUGAAUGCCACAUGUGUCGUCAUUUUGCAUUAUUGUUAAAUGCUUAUUGUCUCAAUUCUACCUAUAACUCAAAAGAAAUAAGCAUUAUAACAAAAAGAUAUGCAAUCAUUUAAAAUAACGGAAUGCAUCAUUUAUAUAUUCAUCAAAAAUACAAGGCUUAUUUUACUAACAUCGACACCACUUUCGUUUUACGAAUAUGUUUACGGAAACGAUGUGUAUGUGUCUUGACUCACUAGUUACAUGUAUAGGCGGUUGAAGAUCUUUAGAUACCAGAAUAGUCGUCUGGUCUUUAAUUUUACCAUUGCGACUGUUUUGACUAUUAGCAUGGAGGGUGACGCAUGUAUAGCAGGAGACGCUUACCCUGCACCCAGUAUCGCUCCUUUUGGAGUUCAUGCUAUUCCCUAAUUCUUUGUUUGUUGCCUUGAGAUCUGUAUCUUAAUCGAUUUAUGAGAUUUGAACAUCGGUUAACUAUUGUCGGCUAAAUUUAUAAUUUCUUACGCUGGACAUGCUUUUUGAUUACAUAAGACUCAUCAGGGGCACUAGACUCAAAACAGAAGGCCAAAUCAAAUACAAAGUUGAAAAGUAUUUACAACCUAUAAUUAUAAUUAAACACUCAAAUGUUAUUAAUUGAUUUAACUUGACAACAUGUGCCCAUGAUACAUGAGCUUCCAAGCAAAAUUCCUUCAACCGUAUUUUCUUCCGAUUGACUUGAUUAAAAGACAACGUCUCUUACUAUGUAUUAACAGGUUCAAAGAUAGUAAAACACACGAAAUACAACAAAAUGUAUUUCGAAAAAUUAUAUGCCAACCUCUUAGACUAUAAAGUGAUGAUUUGCAAAGAAAAACUUAACUAACACUCUAUAUUUUGACCAAUCUCUUUUAAAUUUUUAUCAGAUAAGUAUUUUUUUAUUUCACUGGUAUAUUUUAUACUCCUUGUGUUUAUUUGUAUUUUCAGAGGAGUAAAAGGUACAUCAAAUACUUUGUGUAUAGAAACCCAACAUAACAACUUUUUAAAACAAUCAGUGUGUUCAAUCUCAGGUUUGCAUAAUACUUUUGAAUAUUUCCCUCCAAGACUUUUUGAAAUAGUCAUGCCUGAUUCUGAAAAGGUAGAGCCGCGAUUCUUAAACCAAAAUAAAUGAACUAGUUUUUAAAGAAAACAUAGCUUUAUUUUUAAUAUAAUUGCAUGAUUUGGUUUGGAAUUACUGCUGACUUCAAAGGUCCAAAAUAGUCCUGAAAUAUCUGUCACAAAAGUGUGCGAUUAAGGUAGCAAACUAUAAAACAUCUUCAUUUUCUAAAAGAAGAAUCAAGUCAGGACUAUAGUCUAACGCCAAUUAUUGAGAUUCACUGAUGAGUCUUUAUUAGACGAAACGCGCGUCUGGUUUAUGAAAUCAUAAGCCUGGUAUCAUUGAUCUGUGUUUUUUUUUAAAUUAGGAUUGUUAAAGGAGAUUUCCUCCUAAACAGCCAGUGAUAUGACCAUUUAUGUUUGAAGAAUGUUCAUUGAAGUUUUGUAUUCCCUAUUUUUGUUACGAUCGUUUAUUGUCAGCAUUUAGUUAUAUCAGCAUUGUAAUGGAUUGUUGAAGUAAUCAUAUUACAAACACGGCAUAACCUUUUUAUCAUUUUUUAGCAAUACUCCAUUUAAUUGAUUUUUCUAUUGCUAUGUAAAUGUAAUCAUACGAUUAAAUAAAAGAAAUUCCUACUCUGAGAA